AUACGUCGGACACAGAGCAUACCUACAAAAGACGAUAGAAUAAGAACACACUUCGUUUGGCCGUGCCAUAUUCUACCGGACGUCCGGAUCGCGAACGAGAGAAACCACUCGUCUCAAAACUUCAGCUAGAUCGUGAAGCUCUCUGUCCCUGCUUAUACAUCUUGCCUCACUCCGCCUCAUUCGGCGACACCCCCCUCCUCCGGCCCCGCCCCCUCUUGUUCCCCCAUCCACGACAACGUCACAAUGUCGAAAGAGACCUCUUCCUCUCCGAGCGCGGCUCUCGCCAACCAGAAGUUACAAGAUGCCCUCCCUACGCGCGUUUCCGACAAUUUGCCGCAUAUUCCAGAGACCAAAGAUGAAGUCAAGGCAGACGUCAAGGCGGCGGCGAACAGUCUGGGCUCGCAGCUGAGGUCCUUCGCGGCCGGUGGUUUCGGUGGCGUCUGCGCUGUCGUCGUCGGCCACCCUUUCGACCUCGUCAAGGUCCGCAUGCAGACUGCCGAGAAAGGCGUCUACUCUUCGGCCAUCGACGUCGUGCGCAAGAGCGUCGCUCGUGAUGGUCUGCGGCGCGGGUUGUAUGCCGGCGUUAGCGCGCCACUCGUUGGUGUCACACCCAUGUUCGCUGUCUCGUUCUGGGGCUAUGACCUAGGCAAGCAAAUCGUCACCUCAGUUUCCUCGCCCUCCCCAGACGGCUCGCUCUCCAUCGCCCAGAUCUCCACCGCCGGCUUCUUCUCCGCUAUCCCGAUGACCGCCAUCACGGCCCCCUUCGAGCGCGUCAAGGUCAUCCUCCAGGUCCAAGGCCAACGCCUCAAGCCAGGCGAAGAACCCAAAUAUAAAGGCGGUCUAGACGUCGUCCGUCAGCUCUAUGCCGAGGGCGGCCUGCGCUCUGUCUUCCGCGGCUCCGUGGCCACGCUCGCCCGCGAUGGCCCUGGUAGCGCGGCUUACUUCGCCGCCUACGAGUACAUCAAGCGCCGCCUCACACCCCGCGAUCCGGCCACAGGGAAACCCCAGGGUGAGCUCAGCCUGCUCGCCGUUACGGCCGCUGGUGGUGCCGCCGGCGUCGCCAUGUGGAUCCCCGUCUUCCCUGUUGAUACAGUGAAAAGCAGACUGCAGACCGCCGAGGGUAACGUCUCCUUGUCAUCCGUUGUGCGCGAACUAUACGCUCGCGGCGGCGUCAAGGCUUUCUUCCCGGGCUUCGGGCCAGCGCUUGCGCGAGCUGUUCCGGCUAAUGCGGCAACAUUCCUCGGCGUCGAACUUGCGCACCAAGCUAUGCGGAAAGCCUUUGGAUAGAUAGAUAGAUCGGCCGUAAAAUCGCCCCUUCGCAGAAAAGAUAUAGAUCAGAGCUGUCCUGGUCCGUCACAGGGCCUAGGAAUGGAACGGGCAUGUACGUCCGGGCUGGAGGAGUUCUAUCUUUCUGAUAGUAGACCAGCACAUGCUUGAGCGUACCUACCUGGGUAGUCUUUACCAGGAUAGAAGAUGUCUGGCUGUAGAUGCAUUUGCACCGCUCAAGCCUUCAUUGCCGUCUCCUCGGUCCAUCAACCCCGGGCUUCGGGGGAAUCUAAGAAGUAAAAUACAUCGACCUUGGGUCUCAUGUCUCUUGCUAGUACUAGUUAUGAGAGAGCUUAGAAAGCACAGAGCGACAUAGAAUAGACCUGUCUGACUCGGUUCCAAUAACAAAGAUACCGCUUAUACUGUUGCAUUUAUUAUUACAUUGCUGAACCCCGCGGUUUCUUUUAACUUGGGUAAUAUAUUGAUAACUGCUUGUCAUCAUUCGCAGUAUUUCAAGCAUUUAAGCUAAAUUUCCCAU